AUCCAUAUUUAUUUAUUGAUACUGUGUUAACACCUCAAAUAAUCAGAACUCUUGUUGAAAUAGGGCCUUGUCAACCUGGUUUUAAUAGUAAUAAUUAUGUUUUUGAAGAAAAUGAGUGUGGCAAAAAAUUUUCUCCCAACUGGUAUAACAAAAAUGUUAAAUCAGGAAUGAGCUGUAAAAGAAAUUGGCUAGUAUUUUCCCCAAAAGCUAACAAAAUGUUUUGUUUUCCUUGCUUUUUGUUUCGAUCUGUAUCUCAGCAUAGUUAUCAAUGGUCUAAUCCUAAUAAAGGUGUUUCUAAUUUCCGCAAAGGAAAUGAAAAAAUUAUUAAACAUGAAAAAUCCAAGGACCACAGAGUUGCAGAAAAUGAAUAUUUAAUUUUAAAAAGCAGAAUUUCAAAAGACAUUACAAUCCAACAAAAUUUAAUGAAAGUUCAAAAGUCUCAAAUAGAAUUUAAUCGAAGUGUGUUAAAACGAUUAAUUGAUCUAUCUUUAUUCCUUUCAACAAAUGGUCUUCCAUUUCGAGGACACAGAGAGGACAUUAAUCAAGAUACACAAAGUAUAGGACUUUUUAUUGAAAUAGUUAAACUUGUGUCAAAAUAUGAUGCUGUUCUAGCUAAACAUUUGGCCGAGUCAAACCGAAAUGAGACAUACUUGAGUCCGAAAAUUUAA